AGCGUGGCCAUUAUGUGUCUUAACGUGUCUUAACGCCUACACUUUCUAAUAUCACCAUACUCUCUGUACGGAGAUAUGAGGUAUACUAAAGUACGAGAGUGAGAGUAUACUUUAUCACAUGGUAAACACGCGAUGAUUUGCUCUCUAACACACCCCCCAUCUGUACGCGAGUAACACGAUAAUGCAACCCGCUCUACCGAAAUAACCUCUACUAUCUAUUCUCCCAUCCCCCUAUCCUUACCCACCGCUAGUGCCCCCUGACGCGGGAAAGCCGGGGAUCUGCGAAGCGAUGGCAUGGCGGAUUGCGGCCGGACCAACGGCUGACAGCCAUCGGACUGUUGACAGCCUUUCCAUAGCCAUGCCACAGUAACCUAGAUGGUAUCCUGUUGUGUGCGGAGUCUAGGUGAUACUACCAUUAGUGAGACUGCCACCAUUGUCACAUCACCCCAUCUUAAGCCUUUCCUCUUCUGGACCCCCUAGUCUUCAUCCUUGCUACUGGGGUGCAUAGAGACUAUAUGAUAGUCAUGGUGCGCUCUCUCAUCUCUACUCCAGCUUCUUUCUCCAACCACUCCACCUCCGCUCCAACUCUACAACUCACCAUAGUCAGCUCAACGCAAUCACAAUGGCCGACGCCGAAACCAAGGGCGCCUCCACCGAGGAGAGGGAGGGUGGCCGUCUGUCAAACCACGAUCCGGUCGACAGCUUUGAACUUGCCGUUGAUCAACCCGGACCGCGACCUGACGGCUGGAAAUACAGGGAGCGUCGAAUCGGCGGCUUGGUGAUCCCGUGGUAUGCCUCGCCUAGGGCCCAGCUGCUGCUCGUCUCGUUUGUGUGCUUUCUUUGCCCGGGCAUGUUCAACGCGCUCGGCGGCUUGGGUGGCGGAGGGAAGCAGGACCCCACGCUGGCGGAUAAUAUGCUCAUCGCGCUCUACAGCACUUUCGCCGUCGUCGGCUUCUUCGCCGGCUCCUUCGUUAAUAAGCUGGGUGUGAAGCUCACAUUGGCCUUUGGCGGCUUGGGAUACUGUAUCUACUCCAUCAGUCUUCUGGCCUCGGUGCAUGCCAACGUUGGCGGCUUCAACAUCUUUGCCGGUGCGUUGCUGGGUGUCUGUGCUGGCCUGCUAUGGACGGCUCAGGGAACCAUCAUGUUGUCAUAUCCCAAGGAGUCCGAGAAGGGUCGAUCGUUUGCCAUAUUCUGGAUGAUCUUUAACCUUGGCGGUGUGAUUGGAAGCUUGAUCCCCCUCGGCGAAAACAUCCAUGUGAAGGGCAACGUCACCGUCACUGACGGCACCUACAUCGCCUUCAUCGUCCUCAUGUUUGUGGGCGCCGUGGUUGGCAUGUUCCUCUGCAACGCGACCGACAUCAUCCGCGAUGACGGCUCCAAGGUAGUGCUGAAGAAGAACCCGUCGUGGCAGUCCGAGUUCAUCGGCCUGUACGAGACGAUCCGGUCGGACCCGCACAUCCUGCUCCUCUUCCCCAUGUUCUGGUCGAGCAACUGGUUCACCACGUACCAGCAGAACUCGGUCAACGGCGCCCACUUCUCCACGCGCACCAAGGCGCUCAACGGCCUUCUGUUCUGGCUGGCGCAGAUCGUCGGCGCGCUCAUCUUCGGCUACGCCCUUGACCUCGAGCGCUUCAGCCGCCCGACCCGCGCCAAGGCAUCGUUGGCCGUGCUCCUCACCCUCACCAUGGCCAUCUGGGGCGGCGGUUAUGCGUACCAGAAAGACUACACGCGCGCGUCUGUAAAGUUGGAUAGCUUCGUGCCAACGGACUGGACGACACCGGGUUACGUAGGCCCCAUGUUCCUGUACUUCUUCUACGGCUUCUACGAUGCCGCAUGGCAGUGUUGCGUGUACUGGUACAUGGGUGCGCUUUCGAACUCGGGCCGCAAGCAGGCCAACUUCGUGGGCUUCUACAAGGGCAUCCAGUCCGCGGGCGCGGCAGUGAUGUGGUCGCUGGACUCGCACAAGACGUCGUACAUGAACGAGCUGAUCAGCAACUGGGCGCUACUGGCUGGGUCGCUACUCAUUGCGUCGCCCGUCAUUCUGUAUGCUAUCAAGGAGCACGUCGUCAUGGACCACGAUCUCGCCGACACGGGCGAGACGAUCGAGGAUGUGCUGCCAGCUGGGCAUCCGGAGAAGAACCAUGUUUAGAUUGCGACUCAUCGUAAUAAGUAGGUGGGGAGUCGUUGGGCGGGAAGCUAAGAGUGCGAGGAUUAUAGGGAGGGAAGAGGG